AUAUAUAUACAAACGCGUACAGUUACGAUACGUUCAGACAUGAUAUAUCAAAUAUAAUAUAUUAUAUCCAAAUAUAUCAUAUUAUAUAAGUAAACGAUUCAGCGUAUACACACGUGGCGUUAUUAUUACGAAUCCAUAAAUAUGAGCGUGUCCACGUAUAUAUACAUAUACAUACGUACAUAUAUACAAGCAUAAAUACACGCUUACAUAUAUACAUACACACAAUACGUGCAUAAUCACACGUAGACACGUUAAAAAACUGACAAUUAAUUUAACUAUAAACAACCACAGAUAUCGUAUAAUAUUCACAACUAUUAAUUAACUGCAUGCAAGCACGACAAUGACGUCGUUAAUUUAGACGCCCCUUUGCCAUGACAGUACGAGUUCUUUAACUUGUAAGCUUAGUUAUAUAAAUGAAGGUAAUUAAAGUUGAAAAUCAGACAAUACUUAUUAUUACGAUAUUAUAAAUCCAUAGGGAGGAAGAGAGAGAGAGAGAGAGAGAGAGAGAUAAAAAAGAAAAGGACAAAUAUCUAAUAAGAUCGAUCAUUCAUAAAAAAAAAAAGAAACGAAUGAUCGAUAGAUCUUUCCAUAAAAACAAAAGAGAAGUGCUUUUCAUGGUUUUUCGGAAAGUUCACGAGCUUCUAGUCAGUAGCAUAUCUUUUACUGGCUUUCUCUGUACGUCUACAUCUUACCUUUUACACGUCUCUUUAAAUCAGGUUAAUAUAUAUAUAUAUAUAUAUAUAUAUAUAUAUAUAUAUAUAUUUAAUUAACAUAUCGAAUUGAUGUCAGAUAAGUACAAGAAUACAUUUCGUGUCCGAAUGUACGAGACGAUUUAAUUGAUCAAACUAAACGAAGUUUUUAUUUACUUAAUAAGAAAUCUUUCGUCAAAAAACAAAAAAAAAUAUAUAAGAGAGAUUGGUAUAUAUAUAUAUAUAUAUAUAUAUAUAUAUAUAUAUGCAUAGCGAACGCGUUGUUUUCAUUCAUUUUAGAUGAGGAUUGGGGGGAAAAAAUGAUUCGAUAGUAAAAAAGAAAAAAAAAAACGAUAGAAAAAGAAAAUACUAAAGAACGAUCUGAGGUAAAUAUUUUUAUUGUAGUGUAUAUUUCUCAUUAUAUGUAACGCUAUAACAUCUUGCUUAUAUGAGAUUUCGUUUUAUUAAAUCUUUCAUUUGCACCAACGAUGUUAUCAUUAUGUAUACUUUGGAUACGAAUAAAACCUAGUCCAUUAUUGACGUUAAUCAUUUAAGCCAAAGAUUCAAGAUAGUAUACAGAAUGAAAUUCACAUUUAAACGCAUUAUAGUAAAAAAAAAAGGAAAAAAACCCUUAAGAAUAGAUUAUUUUAUUAAAAAAAAAAAAAAAAAAAAAUGAUCUUUACGUUGCAUUAUAUUAUGGUUCUUCUUGAUCACAGUUUUGAUUUUUAGACGGAUAUGAAUCCUAUAAAAAUUAACAAUUGAUUUAAUAUUUGUCGAAAAAAAAAAUAGAUUAUGUCUACUCAAUCCUACUUUGUAAAUACUUACGAAAACUUACUCUACGAUUAUUCUUUCCCUUUCUGAAUAUGAAAUAUCCUUUUGCGUAUAUGUAACUGUCAAGGUCAAGUGAUGUCACAACUGCAAUAGAUAAAUAAUGUUAACUUAUUAAAUGACAUCGAUUUUUAUAAAAAUUCCUGUAAACAUUCGAAUUACCUGAUGUAUUCUUCAUUAAUCGUUGUUUCUAAAACCAUAUAUAUGUACCAACUAGAUACUAUCUGCGUUAUAAGAACAAGCAGUUGAAUUCUCUGAAUUCUCCUAAAUCGCGAUUCUCGUAACACAAGAAAAAAAAACAGAAAAAAAAAAUAAAAGAAAGAAAGAAAAAAGAAAAAAGAAUCGAAUCUAAAAUAUUACUAUCAACAAUUUUAACAGUCUAUCCUAUUACAUUCUUGCUCGAUGCUUGGUCGUUGAUGAUCCACACAUAAAGAAGGUCUCAAUAUAAUCCUAUAAGCUUCCAAUUCAUUACUACUAAUUAUUUCACUCUCAUUAUAGGAGGAACGUACGCAAUGAAGUUGACGUGUUUGAAUACCAAAAUGUCCACAGGUAACAGAACAUGUUUCCCAUGGUCCUGGUAACCACUUGUAAUCGCAACUAGAAAAUUAUUCGCUUUAAAUAAUUUCAUCAUUUAUAAAUUAAUUAAUAAUUAUCUAUGUAUCUAUAAAUGUUUAUAUGUUAUAGACAGAUUGAUUAAUAUAUUGACGAUUAUGAAUAAUGAAUUAUGAGGAACAAAAACAUUGACAAUAAUAAAUUUUAGCGUUGGCUUUUUUUAAAUGAUUUUAUAAUCUGCUCAUCAUUCAUAAUGCCUUUAUUUAUCAUUAAAUCUAUAUAUAUAUAUAUAUAUACCUUUAUAUUUACCUUUGUAUGUUACAGGUUUCCAUUUUUAAGAAAGGCUUGGAAAGAAAUGCACAUUUCCUUCUGGAAACGAUUCUUCCAGUUUUAUCAUCCUUACAAGCAAUCAUUUUCCUGCGUAUUCCUCCUCCACAGCUGACAGAACAAAAAUUCCAUCCACCCACUGACCAUAGAUAUCGUUUGUCUGUAUUUCUUUCAUUACGAUUUAUGGAAUACCGUGAAGAUACAGCGAUCGAUGUACCUGAUUUAACGACGUCUUUCGGUACUGCGAACUGUAUAAAAUGAUGAAAAUUAGAAAGAAAAGAAAAAAAAAAAAAAAAGAAAAGAAAAGAAAGAAAAAGAAAAAACAAUAAGAACAUCUGUUCCAAUACUUUCGUAAAGUAUAAUACUGAUCGUAAAUUUCAUUUAAAAAAGAAAAUGAGAAAGGAUAUUCAAUUAUUUUUUUUAUACCGAUACGAUGACAUCAUCCAGAGCUAUCCCUCUCGUCUUUAUGGCAUAUUUGUUAUUACUAAUUAUUUGAAUUCGAAAAGCAAUACCCUCGACUGCCAAUAACUCAUGACCUUUUGUAUUAAAAUCUUUUACUUUGUGCCGCCUUCUUUUUCCAUCCAUUAUAACAAAAGUUGUACUGAUUUUAUCGGUAAACGAUGUUUUCAUUAUAGUAACAUUCACUGCCAUGUUAAUACCAUUGCGUGGUAAUACAGCUACACGCGUCAUUGCUGCAAGUAGAUAUUUGUUCUUAUUUAUAUAUGUAUACAUAUAUAUAUAUAUAUAUACAUAUUCUUUUCUUUAUUUUUAACUUUAAAAGCCAACGAAAUUAAUGUCAACGAUAAUUUAUUAUUAUUUAAAACGUGUUAAAUUAAAUAUUAAUUUGUUCAUCAUAGCACGAUAUUUUCGAUAAUAUUUAUGGAUUAUUUUAAAUAAUAGAGCUAUUAUUCGAUUCAAUGUAAAUAUUUAUUUUCAGGAAACAAUUUCGUACGUUCAAACAAAUAAUUGAAUCGAAUUACUAAUUGAUUAUCUUUAGGAUAGGAAGAUAUUGAGUUUGGGAAUUUCGUGUGGACGAUAUAUCUCAUAAGAUCUAACUCUUAGCGAAUAGUAAAUUAAUUAUUCAUGUUUCUCGGUCACUUGGAGUGAAACUUGUAGUAUUCUCUCCCUCCCUCUCUCUCUCUCUCUCUCUCUCUCUCUCUCUCUCUCACUCAUUCUCUUGGUGAAAAUUCAAUUUUAACCGGAGUUACCAUAACUAACCUCGGCGAAGUUUACGUUGAAACUUGUUGACAACAUGGUCGCAAUCAGUAUCAUUGCCAUUGCAAGUACCACAACUAUCCAAUAUCUUUUCUGAAUUGAAAACAUUAUCGCAACCCAUUCGCCUACAUUCACCCUAAAAAAGAAAAGGAAUAAUAAUUCGUUAUUUCGAAAUUCACACAGUUUGUCCUUCCUCGAUCUCUGAUAGAUAAUGAAAGUUUCCCUUCGUUACCUGAAUACAAAUAUCCGUAGAACCGUAGGAACAAGGAGUGCCAUUCAUUAGGUUCUUCCCGCUAUAAAAAAUUUCUCCGGUCUCUUUGCUACGGCAAAUCAAUCGGCAUUUUAACUCAUGUUCCUCGGGCUCGUAAGCCAACCAGGUCAUAUUUACUUUAGAUGAUAUUUCUUUAUAAUCUAAAAUACCGAUCAGUCUUGAACAUUGCUGAGCACGAAGGUCAACGUUCGUCGUGCAUUUAGCUGACUCGCAAAUUUUGCAAUCGUCGCUCGGACCCAUACAAUAUUUCCCACCGUAUGCUGGUCUACGAUAACGUGAUCAUUUAUUUAUUUUUUCUUUUUUAAUUCAAAAAAAGAAAAAAAAAAAAAAAAAGAAAAACAUAUGCACGAUAAAUCCGUUUACCGUGGAUUGUUGCAAGAACGUAAUCUACAUUGGAUACCAAUGCCACAUGUUCUGGUACAUUUGUUCCAAGAGCUCCAAGCACUCCAUCCUCCAUUUCUUGGAUUAUAAAAUAGUGGCUCUAAGUUCGAUCUUUCCCGGUCCAUGGAUUCGCAGCGGCCGUUUAUACACCACUGUAAAAAUUAAUUAUCCUAAUUGUAAUAUAUAGAUGAGCAAGUGGGUUAUAAUUAAACUUUGUUAUACGUUUAUCUUACUUUAUUUUUUCCACAAAGAGUACCUUCCAUCGGUGGUCCCUUUUUAGUUUUGCAUGCUUGAGAAAUAUUAGAAUUGCCACACCAUAAACGUGAACAUGGUUCACGAAUUUCAAAACUUUUACAUAGGUGAUAACUAACGAAUGAACGCAAGAUUAAAAAGUUGAUCGAUAUAUUUUCAUAGUUGUUUCUUUCUUUUUUUUUGUUUGUUUUCUUUUAUAUUAAUGUUAACUUACCCUUGGCCAAAUUCCACUCGACAUUGUUCAUCCAUUGUAAACAUUUCUUGUAUGUUUAUAUCCAAUCGUGUAGUGUUAUUGUCGUUCGGUCGAUUCAAUAAACAGGACCACUGUCUAGAAUAGUCGAGUCGAUUCAUUAGUUUGUGAGAUGUUACAGAGUGAGAUACUGUGUAUAUUACGCUGAACAAUAAGAGAUAAGUAAUUUACAACGUUACUUGACUUUUCGAUGGAAUUCUUUCUUGGAACAUGUAGACCAAUAAAAAUGAUGGAAGGUCGCAGCUACCAUAGGAGCCAUCACGCUACCAAGAGACGCUUCUUCGACGCAAAAAUUUCCAGCGGUUUUAUCACCAUCAUGAGUCAAGCCCAAGCUAUUUAUAUAAUCGUCCUUAUCAACUAAAGAAAGAAAGAGAAAAAAGAGAUAAAGACAUGAGAAGACAGUCGUUUGUUUCGGGUUUAAGUAGCGGAAGUACCGGGGAGCCGCUAAUCGUCGUUGAAGAAAGUACACUCAGUGAGGAGGAUGCUGAAUGUCGAAGGAACGAAUCUCCGCCACGUUGUCUGGAUCCUGAUUCCCCCUCCUUGAAUCCGUACCUUCUCUCACCAUGGAGGGAGACCAGGAAACAUUCUCUACCAACUCCACAAUGUACAUCCGGGAUAACAGCAUCCCAAGUACGACGUCUGAGCGAGAGGGGUGGCGAAGGAUCGGGUCCAUCGCCAAGGGAGGCUGCUUUCCUUGCUACGUUAUCGCAGGCACCACAACCUCAACCAGGUGGAAGAAGACAUUCCGUAGUGACGAUCUCAAGGGUACCACCAACUCUAUUUGGUCGUAAUCGUCGAGAAUCUAUUGCGGCAUUUCCACUAGCUAGUGCUUCAAGGAUAUUACCAGGUCGUCGGGAUUCAACUGGGCCACCGAGCAACACUGGAAGUUCUCAUAAUCUUCAAUUGGAUAUAAUGGACGAUAUAGCCAAGAUCAAACCAAGAAAGGUACGCCUGAAAAUGUUCAAAACGCCAUCACGAGAAUGCGUUUGCGAGAUUCAACCUUUAGAGGGUAACAGUUCGAGCCAGCACUACACGCAAUAUCAAAAGCGACGAUUUUCCGAGUUUCCAAUACCCACAGUAUCAUUGACCUCGAAUUCAUCGAUAAGAAGACGAGCCUCUGAAGUACCUAGGCCACCUACGGCAACGGCACCAGCAUCUGGCACGUCUGCGGCUGGUAUCGUUUGCUCGAAUACAGAUUUAAUAUCGAUUUUAAGCUCGCUGACAUCUUCGGCAACUGAGAUAAACAGAUGCGGCGAGGACGGUCCAUCUUCGUUUACUCGAGAAGACGGCAAGUCCAAUUGGUCGAGCAAAACGACCGAACAGAAGCGUAACAAAUUGAAAAGCUUUCGUUCAAAUAGUUUCGAUGUAUCGAUUUUACACGGUACGGCAAACAGCAAACAGGCUAGUCCAGGUACGAAAUCAGCAACUUCCUCGAUCAUGGCACCAUCCAAUUGGUUCACUAAACGACAUCAACCAAUGUCGAAGAAACAAAAGAGUGAGGAAUUGGCAACUUCGAAUUUAUCUUUUAAAUUCGAUAAAUCGAAGGUCAUACGUGCGAAAAAUGAUAGUUUGAAUAAGUCACCGCCGUCGAAGGACAACGAGACAAGGCACAAGGUUGUUUGGGAUGAUACUAGCGGUACGAAGGUCGACGCACAAGUCCUUGGCAGUGCAAUCGAGAAAAUUUUAACUGCCCAAAGAGGGAACGACACAGAAUCCGGUACUUCGUCAAAUGGAAAACCAUCGGUUUCGCCUAACAAAUCAAGACCCGGGAAAAUGACAGCUUGGUUUUCUUCAGGUGGAAACAAGGAACAAGAACAGACUGAAUCUUGCGAACCAUCAAUCUGUUCAUCUCUUAAAGAUCUCUUCGUAAAGUAGUUUGCACGUAAUACGGUCUAUUCGUUCCUUUUAUCGUAAUUCGCGUUAUACCUUCUCUUCCCUUAAUCGAAAUAAUCGAUUCCCUUUUUAGCUCUCGUUGUACAUUCGAUCGGACAAUAGAAUUUGGUGAUGAACGUGUGUUAGAUCGAGAUCAUAUAGUUUUUUGAGAAACGGAAAACUAUUACUGCGUUUUUUAAUCCAUUUUAUAUAUUAUAUAUAUAUAUAUAUAAUAUAUAUAUAUAUAUAAAUAUAUAAAAAUAUAUGUAUAUAUAUAUACUCUUGUUAGAAUAAAAUUAGUCUAGGAAAAAAGGGGCUUACAUUUUCAAGUUUAGGAAAAUGUAUAUCUAGUCGUAUCGGAUAAUAAUUGACAAUCUGUGGACUCCUUGUAAAUUUUUCUGAUUAGUCUCGAUUGAGUAUUUACGAAAUCUUAUAUAUCUAUUAUAUCAAAAUAGAAAUAUUAUUUGAUCUGAUCCUCUCCGAUCUUAUAUACCUAUACCAAAGACAGAUUAUAUAUUUAUUAAUGUGUAAAAAUAACAUCUAAAAAGUGCAUGUGAUCGUUCCACCUACCGAUGUUUACAUGUAAGACUUUAAUGUGCAGGAAUCACAUAUUAGACGGCUUCUUUUACGAAACGUUCGAAAAGAAGAUGAGAAAAUUGCACCUUGUAAUGACGAAUUCUCAUCGACAUUUUUAUUCAGACAAUUUUAUUCGCUUUUAUUUAAAAUAAAAUUAAAUAAGUAAAUAAAAAGGAAGCUGAAAUAUCAAUGUUCUGUUGAUAAAAAAGGAAAAAAAAAAAAGAGCAAAAGACUUAACAAACGUACAACUUCGUUUUAAUCUUAUCACAACUAUGACGUUAAAAGAUUAUUAAUUUAGAUUAUAUUUUAAAAAGUCGAUUAAUUAAUAUGUAUUAAAUCAAAAUCGAGGUAGACAAAGACAACAAAAUAUAAGCCGAUACACGUAGUUUGGUUUAAUCAUAAUAAAUCGUUUAAGUCGUUAAAGUGAAUUAUAAUGAAGGUAUUCAGUACUAUUAAGUACUAUUUUGCGUUGAAUGAGGGCAAAUGGUGCAUUAAUAAUCAUACUAAUCUAACCAGAGACACCUAACCAAGUCUCAAUCGGAGCAUGAGCUCAUUAAAGUGUAUAACGAUGAUGACUGUGUUGAAUAAUAUAUAUAUAUAUAUAUAUAUACAUACAUAAUAUGCGUUCACCUUUGCUGGCCGAAGGUUUAUGAAAUGAUUGUAAUAUAUUAUAUACCUAUUUAUAAAAAAUAAGCAAAAAAAAAGAUCAUGAUAUAUAUAUAUAUAU